AUGAUAGAUCUAAGCACACUCAAUCCCGCACAGAUUACUGUGCUGGGAUCCGCGUUUUGCGUUAUGCUUUCCAUGCAUUUCACAUCGCAGUUAUUGUCUCAGCAUCUCUUCUAUUGGAAGAAUCCAAAAGAGCAAAAGGCUAUUAUCAUCAUCAUUCUUAUGGCUCCCCUUUAUGCAACUGUCUCCUUUGUGGGUCUCUUGGAUAUUAGAGGAAGCAAGGAGUUUUUCACCUUUUUGGAGUCAGUUAAAGAAUGUUAUGAAGCUUUGGUCAUUGCCAAGUUUUUGGCUUUAAUGUAUAGUUACUUGAACAUAUCAAUUAGUGGAAACAUUGUGCCCGAUGAAAUUAAGGGCAGGGAAAUUCACCACUCUUUUCCCAUGACACUUUUUCAGCCUCGAACUGUUCACCUGAACUACCGUAAUUUGAAGCUUCUAAAAUAUUGGACAUGGCAGUUUGUUGUUAUCCGUCCAGUAUGUUCCAUUUUAAUGAUUGCAUUACAGCUACUUGGACUGUAUCCAAAUUGGUUGAGCUGGACAUUCACCAUCAUUCUCAACAUAUCUGUGUCGUUAGCCUUGUAUUCUCUGGUGGUCUUUUACCAUGUGUUUGCUAAAGAACUUGCACCGCACACGCCUCUAGCGAAGUUCUUGUGCAUCAAAGGAAUUGUUUUCUUCUGCUUUUGGCAGGGGAUGUUGCUGAACCUUUUAGCAAAGUUUGGUGUCAUUCAAUCCCGUCAUUUGCGGUUAGAUGUGGAGCACAUUGAGGAAGCAAUGCAGAAUAUUUUGGUAUGUCUAGAGAUGGUUAUCUUUUCUGUUCUUCAACAGUAUGCUUAUCAUCCUGCACCAUAUAGUGGAGAAGUUGAGAAAAUGCUGAGACAAAACAAGAAAAAUGACUAA